UCGGCCUUUGCCAACGUGGACGGCGCCGCGGCUGCUGCGGCGGGCGCCCGAGCCCCAAAUGCACGCCUCUCGCGGCCCGAGGGAGCGGUCGCUGCCCCGACAGCAGAGCGCCAAGCCCCCGAGAGGAACCGUUGGCGCGGGCUGAGCAGGGCGAGGCCCUCCCAGCGGCAACUGCCGGGCUGUACGAGGAGCCUUCUCCCGGGACGGAGGAGGGCGAGGAGGAGGAGGAUGGCUGCGAGGGAUGAGCCCAGCUGAGGGCAGGCGUGCAGCGGUGGAGGCAUCGCGGCAACUGAGAAAGAGGAGGAUUUCUUCCGCGCGUUGCUGCACCAGCCGACGCGUUGCUCCAGGAGCACAGACCGCGGGGAGGGUCCGGUCAGGCGAGCGGGGUGGCGGGCUGCCCUCUUUCCCGAUCCUCGCCCGGAUCCGCUUCCUUCCAGAGCCGGCCCGACUUCUUCAGCCCCCAAUCUCCACGGGUGCGUUGGAAAGUGUGUGGGGGCGGCACAAAAGGACUCACUUGUGGGCUUCCCCGCGCUUGCAACCGCCCGCGGCGUCCGGAGCCGGUGCUUCCCCGCCUCGCUUUCUUUUUUAUUGCAGGAUGAACAAGGCAACCCGCCUCUGAAAAAGGCACCGGGCUGGGCUUCUAGCGGGUGGGACUGCGGAGGCGAGAGGCUUCCCCCGCCCAGCUCCGUCCCGGGGUCCGCAGGCUCGGAUCGCGCCACUCCCCGCUGCCCUGCCUCUGAGGAGGGCGCAGCCCGCGUUGUCUCACGCCGGAGUCUGACGGAGCGCUUAGGGUGCCGAUGCGGAACGACGCAGGCCCUUUGAUGGACGGAAGGAAUUCCCAAUAGCCCCCCCCUUCCCCGUACCGGGACAUAAGAGCUUUGGGAAGAGCGAGCCCGGGGCCACCGCCACUGUUUCCCAAGCGCCGAAAGACACCAGGCGACGUGCGCGCAACCUCCCCGAAGGCUCCCGGAAGAGGGCUGGCCCCACGCGUGAUUGCGCUGCCCCCUUCUAAAGAAGUCAAGCUUAGGAGCGCGGGUGGGCUUGGGCGCGGGUGGAUUUCUUGGUGAAGGCGGAGGAGCCCGUGAACUUUUGGGGGCCGGGAGAGCGCGAUCCGGAUCCACUCGGCUUCUUAAUACCCCUCCCCAGCAAGGAUCUUACCGUCGUCCCCGGCUCGCCACCCGAAAGCGCCGGCUGAGUGACAGGGCGCCUGCAUCGGAGGAUCGAAGAGUUCUUACCCGCUUCCCCCCCCCCCAAUAAUAAUUCGCAAGGAUGGCUUUUUGCGCAGAGAGAGCCUCUUCUUUUUCCUGAACAAAGCACAGUAGCGAACAAAAAAGUACAUUUAAAAAAAAAUACUGCAGACUUGGCGGACUCCGAAGUCCUUCCCAAUUUCUUGGAGAGUCGGGCACCUUUUGCUGCGCUCGGAAGCCACCUCGCUCCGGCACCCGCAAGGGAUUCUUUUCGAGAGACUGGAGGCUCCCUUUUUGGGUGCGCGGAAGACAAAUCGCGAGAUCUUCCCUCCCCCGUAGCCUCGGCGGGCAAGCCCAAAGCGGAGUGCCCGGAAGCAACUUCGGGCGCCGGCAUCAUGUCUAAAGUGGUGGCGACGGGAGCCGGAGCCGGGGCGGCGGGCCCGGAAGGCGGCGGGCCCGGCCCGGCCGAAGACCUCUCCAAGGUGUCGGACGAGGAGCUGCUGAAGUGGAGCAAAGAGGAGCUCAUCCGCAGCCUGCGCAAGGCGGAGUCGGAGAAGAUGAGCGCCAUGCUGGACCACAGCAACCUCAUCCGGGAAGUCAAUCGGCGGCUGCAGCUUCACCUGGGCGAGAUCCGGGGGCUCAAGGACAUCAAUCAGAAACUGCAGGAGGACAACCAGGAGCUGCGAGACCUUUGCUGUUUCUUGGACGAUGAUCGUCAGAAAGGCAAAAAAGUUUCCCGAGAGUGGCAGAGACUCGGCCGGUACAGCGCAGGGGUGAUGCACAAAGAGGUGGCCUUGUACCUGCAAAAGCUGAAGGAGCUGGAAGUGAGGCAGGAGGAGGUGGUGAAGGAGAAUUUGGAACUGAAGGAGCUCUGCGUCUUGCUGGACGAAGAGAAGGGCGGUGUUGCCGGCUGCCGGAAUUCGAUAGACAGCCAAGCCAGCCUUUGCCAGCUCAAUGCCACGAGCGCAUUCAUAAGGGACGUUGGAGAUGGGAGUAGCACAUCUAGCGCUGGAAGCACAGAUAGCCCUGAUCAUCAUAAGCACCACCCAAGCUCGAGCCCUGAGCACCUCCAGAAGACCAGGAGCGAGGGGAGCCCCGAGCACCAAAAGCACCAGAGCGCUAGCCCCGAGCACCUCCACAAACCCCGGCGUUCUGGAAGCCCUGAUCACCAGAAGCAUCUGAAAGGGCCGAGCCCGGAGCAUCACAAAACCCUUGGGAAAGUGACCCCGGAGCAGCAGAAGCACAGCUGUAGCAGUCCAGAAACCCUGCCAAAGCACAUGUUGAGCGGUAGCCCGGAACAUUUUCAAAAGCAUAGGCCUGGGAGCAGUCCAGAGCACCAGAAGCACAGCGGUGGCAGCGCCAGCCCCGAACUUCUUCAAAAACAUACUCUGAGUGGAAGCAUGGAACACCUCCCAAAAGUGAGGGGAACUAGCCCUGAGCACCUUAAGCAGCACUACGGGGGAAGCUCAGAACAUCUCAAACACUUGGGCGGCGGCAGCAGAGAAGGCACCUUAAGGAGACAAGUUGUGGAUGAUCUGUCACCCCAUCACAGAGGCCUCUACAAUGGGAUGAAUGAAUCAACCUUGUCCUAUGUUAGGCAGCUGGAAGCAAGAGUAAGACAGCUGGAGGAGGAAAAUCGCAUGCUUCCCCAGGUUGUGUGGAGGAAACUUGGAGAUGCUGUCGGCUCGUGUCCUGGAAUUAGACAACACUUGUCUGGAAACCAGUACAAAGGGCCAAUGUGAAUGAAUAUUUCAAAACAACAACAAAUAACAGCUUCAGCUACUGAUAGUUUUAAUCUGUUCACAGCAGCCUCUUCGCUUAUGUAUAAUGACUCAUCCAACUCUGCUUCUGCCACGAGCAUUUUCAGUGUAUCUACCAAGGAGGUACCAGCUGAUUAUUCAGAAGGUUGUUUGGAAUCUAACCCAGGAGGAGAACCCACAAAGGAAAUGCUUAAUGUCUUGCACUUAUCCCAAGACAUAUCCAUAGGUGCUUUGUGCUGGAUUGGAAAGAGGCCAACAGAUUGUGCCUUUGGUCUUCACAAUUUGGAGACCGUGAGUUCUCCCAGUAGCCCUGCCCUUGAGGGUGUAAAAAUGUUAGUUAAAAAUGGUGCUUAGGCAGAUGGCAGCUGAAACACUUUCCUUUGUAGAAUAAUUGCAUUCUGAGGUGCUAAAAAAAAAAGACCUUCCAGUCUCCUAACCAGCCAGUGGUGUAGCAAAGAGAACAACAGCACUAAAACUGAGCCCCCUCUCCAAAUAAAAACAAAAGAAGAAUCCCUUAAUUGCCAUUCACUUGGAGAAUGCCUUCGAAAGAGAUGUCAUUUCUCUCUUAAGCAAAUGCAGGCACUUCCUCCCUGAAGCAAAUGCAGCACUUACAGCCCAAUCCAGAGACAAUCCCGGGAAUGAAGCAGCAAAGGGCCUGUAAAAAACAAGGUGUUCCCGUCUGAAAGAUCAGAUACAUCCAGGAACCGUACUGAUGGAUGGGCAUGCCCUCCCCCACCUCAGCUCAGCAAAACUCUGGAACCUGCUGCCCAAUGGCAGCAAGCGGAUCCAUUACCAAGUCUAAUUUGGGAUCAGAUAUGAAUUGUGGUUUGACCAAGUACAAACUCCAGAGGCAUUAAAGAACAAAACGAGGGUUGUGCAAGGGACGUCCUCCGGAGCUGAAGCAAAGGCAGUGAAGGACUUUUAGAGCUUUGGCUAUGUAUGAAAGUUAGAAAUGGCUUCCAGAAAUCCAGAACAGGACCUGGUCGGGGAUGGGACAUUCUGCAAAAUUCACUUACUAUGCUUUUCAGAGUAGCAGCCAGCUGAUAACGGCUUGUGCUUUCAGAUCUAAAGGACUCCUGUUCCCAAGUCUUCAUGAAGGUUAUACACACAUAGGCAUGCACCUGCACCAUAAGUAUCCACAUUAAUUUCAUUGAUGUCAUCUAGAUGCCCAGUAAAUUAACUCUGAUCCCAGAUUAUGACUGGUUCUGGUUCCUGGCACAUAUUGACGAUUCUAUGCCAGAGUCUGGAGACUGAGAUGCUCCUGUAACCUUUGGUGUGCAAAUAGGGGGUCCUCCUUACCAUCUCUCCUUUUGCAUUACUUACCAGGGGAAACGGACUAAAUUUGUGGUCUGAAGGUCUUGUGAAGGGUAUGGAGCCCUCCUGGAUGCUCUUGUCAACACAUGGUAUGUUCAAGGCAACUUAACAUUAGGGGUGCUGAAGUGCCCAGAUGCUCAAGACGUGAGAGAAGCAGCAAUGGAUUUGGUGAAACCUAAUGCCUUCUAGGUCACAAACCACAUCAUGCCUUCUGUUCCUGCUGCUUCUGGGAAAGUGGGUGAAGGGAAGGCAGUGGAGAGGGUCCAAUUUGGAGUCUAUAGGACACAAGCUUCACCAGAGCUCUGGAUAUUCCAGCACACAGUGGUGUGGUGCAUCCUGGGAAAUUUGGCCCCACAGAAUCUACCUCUUCCAUGGUGGCCAGUUGCUCUGGGUGCACUAGGCAUGUGUGGAAGCAUCUGAGGUCCAAGAUCCUGGUUCCACCUUCAGCCUAGCAAUCUCUUCCAGCUCUGCUGGAUAACACAAAGGGGUGGUAGUGAUGAUUUACAGCCUGCAGGUUCCAGCAGGGUCUUGGCUUGCUGGAAGCCUGCUCCAGAUUCAUGUUGGGCCAGAUCCUGGAUAGUCUGGACCUGCACAAAGUGGACAACCGAAAAUGGAGUGUGUGGGCUGCACCUCAUAAUUGUGCUCAAAUCUGCACAGUGUUCCAGGAGUGUAGAUCAGGUCCCACAGAUCCCAAAUACAGAGCAAACAAAUUAUCCCAGCUCCCCUACUUCUGACUCUUUAUUAUAUAGGAAGUUUGGCCCAAUGUAAAUGACUCCACCACAGGCAGGCAGCCAUUAGGGUGCUGCCUGGGUGUUUACCCCAACUCCAUCAUAUGAUUUCACUUGUUUUGUACCACAUAGAUGCUACCUGCAGCGGCCAGAGACAAUUGGUUCUGGUGGAUGUUCCUGGUUUGCAGGUGCUGUCUUCUGCUACGCUAGUACAGAGCCCCGAGUUGAUGUCAGCACACCAAAACAGGCCAUGGCAAACAUGUUGACCUGUUGGUCAACACGCUCCUUUCCAAAUGGUCUGUGCUGGUGUUGUGGGCUUAAGGAUCAGGCUGUUAGGAGGUAUUUUUAGCUAUUUGAAACCUCCACCCCAAACCCUGCCACUGGUCCUUUCCAAGUAUUGAGCAGCUUAUUUCUUCUGUUGCCCUUACCACGCAAAUGUUUUUUCUUCCCAAGAGUCUGUAAGAGCCUAUCAAGAUAGCACUGCAUUUAUGUGUGUGUGAGAAAAGAAAGCUUUCCUUGCUGACAGUCGCAUCCUUUCAAAGGAAAUGAUGAAUAUUAUUGAAAGCAUGCCCUUCAUUAAUCCAAGGUUUAAAACUCUUGUACAUUUUGCCAGAGUUUGUGGGCCUGUUUGAUAUCCUCCUCCCAUACCAUUAGAUUGUGUGUAUUGAGCUCUGAUAGCUAUUUUGUGUAUAUAGCCAAAUGCAGCAACAGUUUCUUCUUUGAAUGUGCAACAGGCUUGUGGAUAGAUGCUGUUGCUUUGACUUUUUAACCGUAGCUGAGUAUUUAAAGCAAAAACAAGACAAAAAAAAAAUAGGAAUGCAACAAUCCCCAAGUUUUGUUUAACAAGAUUUGAUUUCCCAAGCUGAUACCUUCCGCUUAGUUUUUUUUGUUUUGUUACUGUUUGUUUCUUUUGUGGGCUUUGUUACAUGUUGUGUUAUUGAUCUGUGGGUGGUGGAAUGUGGCGGCGCUGUGGCGGCACAACCCUUUAAUCCUACAUAUGGUAGUGCGGCGUAAAUUGGCUACCCAUUUUCCAGAAGGGGGGAAAAAAUCACAAAGGGAUUGAUUUCAGCGACUCGGUCACCUUCUUUGAUUUAAAAAUAAUAAUAAUAAUAAUAAUAAUGUCACUCUGAUCGAAAUCACCACUUUGGUUACUCAUCUUAAAUUGUUGUAUUCCUAUACGAGGAACAAACAGUGAAACGGAGGCGGGAGGGGGGAACCCUCAAAAGAAUUUGUGCCUGCAGUCUAGGGUUGGAUCCAAAGAGCUACUCUAGAACUCCUGUCUGUCCUGUGGGGUUCUUAACUAUUUUCCAUGGAAGAGCUGACCUCCUUCCCAAUCCCAUAUCACAAACUGCUUUGGAAACGCCCUUGCUGUGGGGUGUAGAGUGGUUGCUGUUCAAGACAGGAAAGUCCAAAGCCCCUUCUCUCCUCCCUUGAGUGCAGGGCCGGCACCAAAUAUGCUGGGGCUCUUGGGCACAAGCCUGCCCCAGGCCCCUUUGCUCCCCUUCCGCAAUUCGUGGCAGGAUUGCUGCCGCGGAUCGCUUGGCGAGAGCUUCGGGGCUCCACCACUCCCUUGCUUAACCUACCUUGUUCUGCGGUUGCGCACGCAGUGGUGCCCUUAACAAAGAUGGUGG